GCUUGACCGCUUGAGGCGCGGCCACCUCGCCUUGCCUUCUCCCCCCCCCCCCCCUCCACUCCCACCGCCAGCUCCGGCGGCCUACCCCGUCCGGAUACUAGCCCUCAUGGUACUUUGACAAAGCCCACCAGUGCUACCGUCCGGCGGUGUGUACAUAACGGAAGCACGGAGCGGAUCGAGAAUGGAAGCCGAGGACUACGCGGCCGGGUGCUGCUUCUCCCUCAUGUGCCAAGAGGACGGCGCCGACCUCGGCGACGGCCUCGCCGACGACGACGCCGGCAAGCUGCUGUUGAUGUACAGUGCCGGCGACGACAACGACGUCGAGGAGGAAGACGAGGAGGGGUACUUGGACCACCUGGUGUCCAAGGAGAGCAGCUUCUGCUCCGCCGAUCCGUCCCCUUCCAUGGCGUCCGAGGACUGGUUCCAGUGCGCGCGGCGCGACACCGUCCGGUGGAUCCUUGAGACGCGCGGGCACUUCGGGUUCUCCCACCGCACGGCGUACGUGGCGAUUGCCUACUUUGACCGCUUCUCCCUCCGGCGAUGCGUCGACAGGUCGGUGAUGCCGUGGGCGGCGCGGCUGCUGGCCAUCGCGUGCGUGUCGCUGGCGGCGAAGAUGGAUGAGUGCCAGGCGCCGGCGCUGUCGGAGUUCCGCGCCGACGACGACUACGAUUUCAGCUGCGACUCCAUCGGCCGCAUGGAGAUGCUCGUGCUCUCCACGCUCGACUGGCGGAUGGGCGCGGUCACGCCCUUCGACUACCUCCCCUGCCUCUCCUCUAGGGUCCGGCGAUUCAACGGCGCCGGCCGCGGCGGUGGCGGCGGCCUCAUCGCCGUCAAGGCCGCCGCCCUCAUCUUCUCCGCCGCCGAAGCGGCGAGCGUGCUCGACUACCGGCCGUCCACCGUGGCCGCCGUCGCUAUCUUGGCGGCCACCCACGGCGCGCUCACGAGGGAGCCACUGGAAUCAAAGAUCAGCAGCCUCUCCCCGACCUGCCUCCUCGAGAAGGAGGAUGUAUAUGCCUGCUACACCAUGAUGCUGCGCGAUCCGUCGUCGCCGAGCAAGACGGCCAAGAGAUCGGCGUCCGACCGGGGCGACGCCGACAGUACAUACGCACGCCUGGACGCCGCCUCCUUCUCCGUCGCGGCGGCGAUGAACAACAACAAGAGGGUGAGGCUGGAGCUGCCGGCCGUCCACCGGUGAUCCAAGCCCGCCGCCACAGCACGCUUGUUUUCCCCUAGGUGUCCAGCCGCGCGGCCGGAGCUUCGUCCAUUAGUUGGUCGUCGCAGCAGUUGCAACUCCGGCCAUUUUCACCCUCGGUUUCUUUCCCAUUUCUCUAGAUUUUUUAGUUCUUUGAUCGGCGCACUGUCAAACAACCGGUUAUUGGCAGUGCGGCCGGAUUGGAUUGGUUUGAUUCCCGCGUGCCAUCGAGUGGAGACAAGAAGAAGAAAAAGAACAAAAAAAUAAUCAAGAAGGUGGCGAGCUUGAUGAGGCCUCUGAGCUUUCCUACGGAGAGGAGAGCAUAAAGCGGCGCAGGAUCGGAGGGAAAGCUUGGCUGGCUGGCUGCAAAGUUGCACGUCGGAUUCCACUUCCCGGCAGGCGGCAGCGGCAGCGGCGGCGGCAGCUGGCUGGUGUAGUGUAGGCGUAGAGAAUAAAUAUCUCUGAAUUCAUAUGGAGGAUGUAGAAUGGUGGUGGUAGUGGUGGUGGUGGCCGGUGCUGUUGUUGUUGCAAGUUGCAAAGCAAGUACCAUGGUCCAUUGCCCUUGAAAAUUCUGAUUUGGUUCAAAGGCGGGCUAGGCCUUUUGCUUCCUUCCCCACCCCUGCUCAAAGUGGACGCGCACACAUGUACCAGUGGUGGUGGUGGUGGUGGUGGCUACUCGCAGAGCAGCGCUGCACUUCACUGCACUUGCAUGUGGUUUUUAGCGGUUCAUUCUGCCACGUACUGCUUACUGAACUGGCUUUUGUAAUCCCUGUUCGUUGGAAAGAUGGCCUGUACGAGAAUAAUCCACACAUGCAAUUCUUCUC